AAUCUGGACCCCGGGGACCCCAGGCAGCCAGGCCCCACUAAAACAGAGCCGCCACCUCUGCCCUUUGUGCCCUGCCCACAGCAGCUCCAGUGCCACCCUGCAGUGUCCUCUCAACCAGCCACAGACAUGACAGAGCGUCUGACCGCCGAGCAGAUCAAGGAGUACAAGGGGGUCUUUGAGAUGUUUGACGAGGAGGGCAACGGGCAGGUGAAGACGGGCGAGCUAGAGCGGCUCAUGAGCCUCCUGGGCAUCAACCCCACCAAGAGUGAGCUGACCUCCAUGGCCAAGGACGUGGACCGCGACAACAAAGGCUUCUUCAACUGCGACAGCUUCCUGGCCCUGAUGGCGGUUUACUGGGAGAAGUCCCAGAACCAGGAGGGCGAGCUGAGGGCAGCCUUCCGAGUCUUCGACAAGGAGGGCAAGGGCUACAUUGACUGGGACACACUCAAGUAUGUGCUCAUGAAUGCGGGUGAGCCCCUCAACGAGGUAGAGGCUGAGCAGAUGAUGAAGGAGGCCGAUAAGGACGGGGAUGGGACCAUUGACUACGAGGAGUUUGUGGCCAUGAUGACCGGAGAGUCCUUCAAGCUGGUCCAGUAGGAGCAGCUGCUUCGGCUGUGGGAGGCCUGCCCAACCAAGGAAGGCCGCUGCCCGCAGCUGCUUGCUGCCACCCACCCUGCCACCCACCUCACCUCACCCCAGCAAUGCGGCCAAUAAACGCUCCAGCCAGACUCGUGUGUGCUUCAUUGUA